AUGAACGAGACUACCAAUGGUAGUUACUUUAUUCUGAAUGUGAAUCGAGAUUUUGCUGUCGUAUCUAUGGUCUUCCAAACCUUUUUCUUGGUAGUUGGUGUACCAGCAAAUGCUUUAGUUUGCUUUUUUACAUUUCGCAAAAAAAAGGAUAUUAAACUAAGUGACAUUAUUAUAUCGAUGCUAGCAAUAUCAGAUGGUCUCUACACUAUUGUCAGAGCUUCUAUCGGUCGAACUCCUGUUUAUCCCACAUCGACAAUUAGUUGUCGAAUCGAAGUUGGGUUACCUCUAUACUUUGGAAUAGUCAAUAUCUAUUGCAUGACUGUAUUAGCGGUGACAAGAUACAUCGCUAUAGUUACGCCGCAGCGUAUGAUUACUGUGAGGAGGCGACACGGAAUCUUGAUUAUAUCACUUUUAACUUGGACUUUACCAUUGAUUUUUACUUUACCACAAAUAUUUGGUUAUUGGGGUGGUUUUAGUUAUACUAAUGGUCUUGGUAUAUGCCUCGGCGUUUAUCAUUAUAGCCAAGGAUUCUUAACUGGUUCUUACUAUAUAUGCUUAAUUUUGUUUGUAGUUCAAUUUCCGACUUUAAUUAUCGGUUGGUGCUAUCAUCAAAUUUACCUUGAAGUGAAAAGAAGCCGUUUGCGUAUUAGCCAAUUCCGUUCUAGUACCGAACAUGAUGAUCCAUCCGCUUCUAGCCACUCACGAGGAACUAAGCGAAAUAUAACUAUCUCUGGCAAUCAAGGAAAUCGUUCUAGUAGAAGGCGGGAACCCGAAAAUCGAAAAGCCGAAAUUGCUAUCGCUAAAACUUUAGUAAUUAUUUUUGUUACAUUUCAAAUUUCAUUCAUGCCCUAUAGUGUAGUAUCUUUCUAUAAUUUCAUCAGUCAUACUUCUUACACAGUCUUACUUCAACUUGGCUUACUGUUUGUGACUUACAUUGGUAAUGUAGCCAAUCCCUAUAUAUUUUUAUUUCGUAGUGAUAAGUUUCAAAAAUUCUGCAACUGGCGUUUAAUGAAAUGUUGUCAAAAGGGAAGAUUUAACACUAAAGUUAGGCCAGUACGUUUACCUGAUACUGAGCUUUCAUCACCUUCAUAA